AAAACACUGUUAUUUGCUCUAUAUUCUUAUUCCCAAAAAGAUAUGAGUGAUCUAUAUCAAAUGAUGCACACACUCUCUAACAUACCUGGCAUCUCUGUAACUUCAUACUUGUUUUCUUAUUUAAAGUAUCUGAACACUAUCGACUAUUUCCUUAACGCAGUGUGCACAUUGCAGCACCAGUUGAACAAUAAGCUGUUUUUUUUAUUGACACACAACACAAACCAAACUUUUUUUUUUUAUUAUAAAAAGUUCCAUGUGAUCUUAUUCAUAACGUUCAUCUUAUCUUAUGUUUGUCUGUUGACUUUCUUUUGUUUUUUUUGUUAAAUAUGAGAAACCACAGUUCACAGUAUAAAUCACAUUUAUAUUGUAUUACAACUUACUGGUUGGAGAACAUUCUUGUGUGAUUCCCUCAGAAACGAAGUGAGGAGACUAAACUACAGUAAUGCAUACUGUAGUCUACAGACAGAAUCAACACCCUGUUGUGCUGAUCGCCACUCCCCAGACACAUCUUUCAAGAGCUGUGCCAUCCAGACACACCAGCAGUCUGGCAUGACUCAGUUGUUGGAUUAUUACCGCUGACCCUUCAAUGCUGGUAAAACCUCUAUUUGUUUCAGAAACAUAGAAUGAAGUAUCAGUCCUGCAUAUACUGAUCAAGUCAGGAGUUGUGUAUUUAAAUCUCAAAUAUGUUGUAUAUUUUUUGGCUGUAAGGUAAGACCGAACUUUCAGAAAACUCAAAUGAUUGCAAGCUGUAAAAUGUCUGACUUACAUUGUUAGUUCAUACAGUAGAUCUGUACAUACAAACUUAAGUACAUCAACUUAAGCAGUCCACUUAAACUAUUUCAAACUACUGGUAGAUUUGUAACAUCUUUAUCAUUUGCCAGAUUUGCAUACUUUUACUCUGAAUUUCAUCUAUUUUCUCUGCUAUAUUACUUUCCUUUACGUUAUACAACACAUUUACAUUUUUUGUUAUCCUUUAUUUAACCAGAAAGACAAAUAUAAAUAGCAAUAUCUGUUCUGCCAGGGAGUCCUGGUCAAGAGUAAGUAAGUCUUUCAGCUCAUUCCAAGUGUGCUGUAAUACAGUUAAUGAUUGAUAUGGUUAGUAGUUGUAUAUUGGUAGUAAACAUCUUCAUGUUUGCCUCAUUUGAUAAACUAUCACUGGAGAGAAGCACAUUAUUCUCCAGCUACAGUAAUAUUAUACUGUGACAAUAACUGAAUCUAAUGUUCCCCUUGAAACAGGAUUUAUUCUGCAUUACCCUGGCUAUUCAUAUUAUAAUAGUAAACCAGAAAAUAGAAAUGAACAGAUAUCCCUUUGUGUCCAGUACUGUACCUCUCUGUAGGAUCAUCAACCUCACAAGAAAACAUGACCGGUUCUAGAAAGGCUUUCCUCAUAUGCUGUCUACUGCAAGGUAGCUUAUGCCAAGACUUUGCAGCCUUCCUGCCUCAGACAGUAGAGGGACUAAGUGGAUCCUGUGUGAUGGUCCCCUGCGCUUUCAGCUUGCUCUCAGGUUGGGAUCACAACCUGGAUGAUUCCUGUAAAGCCAUUUGGAAGAGAGGCUGGAGUCGAACGCAGGUGUUUGACUCCAGCCUCACCGGAGAACAUGCAAGCUUAAACGUCCUGCAAGGAAACCUAACGGGCAACCUGCGGGAGAAGGAUUGCACCGCCGUCUUCGACGACCUGCCGUCAGACCAUUAUGACAGAUAUUACUUCCGGCUGCAGUGUGACAAUGAUUUGAAGUUCAACUUUCCAACGAACGUCCUUAUCACCACCCAAAAUUCAAUGCCUAAACCUGCCAUAACUCCAUCCAGGCUAGAGGUAGAAGAAGGAGCCCCAGUGAGGUUGCACUGCUCGGCUGUAGCUCCCUGCCCCGUUCUUCCCCCUGCUCUGACUUGGACCCCCGCUAUAGGUGACAUUGAGGAGAACACAGAAACUAAAUCUGUGACAUCCGUUAUGAACUUCACCGCUUCUUACCUCCACAAUGGACAGAGGUUCUCGUGCACUGCUCUCUACAACCGACAAGCUGGCAACAGUGACCUUCUGUAUGAAAGAAGUUUGACCCUCCGUGUUCUUUAUCCUCCAAAUAACACAUCGGUCAGCUACUCCGGUCCUGUGAAGGAGGGCAGCUCAGUGACCCUGACCUGCAACACCAACGCAAAUCCAGCCGUGGACAGUUUCGCCUGGUACAAAGUGGAUGGAGAUCAGGUGACAGCAGUGGGUUCUACGAACAGGCUUUCAACUACGGUCUCCGAAGUGGACAGCAAAUUUUACUGCCAAGUCAGCAACGGAUAUGGAAACCAGAACUCAUCCACCACUCAGAUAGACGUACAAUUUCCUCCCAAGGAAACCACAGUAAUCGUCAACCCCAGCGGUCCCAUACUGGAGGGCAGCUCUGUUUCUCUGCUCUGUAGGAGCCGUGCGAACCCACCCGUGACCAACUACACCUGGUACAAAGAUGACGAAGAGGAUGAGGAGCCUGGAUCAACCUGGGUUAUCAACAGUGUUGACCCGAGCCACAGUGGUGACUACCACUGUGUGGCAAAAAACGAGCUGGGAGAGGAAAUGUCCGCACCGACUCAGCUGGACGUUCAGUAUCCCCCAAAGAACACCUCAGUGUCAGUUGACCCCUCUGGUCCAGUGCUGGACGGCAGCUCCGUUACUCUGACCUGCGCAAGCAUCGCCAAUCCAGCAGCAGUUAACAUCACCUGGUUCAGAGUGGCUGCAAGAGAAAAGGAGGCGAUGGGCUCUGAGCGAGACUUCACUUUCAAUGUGACCAAACUCUCGGAGGAUCAGUACUACUGUGAAGCUCUGAAUGUCCAUGGAGCUGAAUACUCAGAGCUUACCAAUAUUGAUGUCACAUUUGCUCCAGAGAUUCUGCCUUCUUCACGCUGUGUCAAGAUUUUAUCCCUGAUCCGAUGUUCCUGCGACAGCCGGGGGAACCCACCUCCCUCCCUGAUUUGGGAAUUGGCUGGGGAGGCUGUCAAUCACUCUGCCGCCAUCCCAAUCAAGGAAGUUCCUCUUGGGAGUGUUGGUAGGAGGAGCCUAAUCACCCUGUACCAUCUGGACGAAGGCAUGCCCUCUCUAGCCUGCCUCAGCAUCAACUCACUGGGCUCCCACAGUUUCGUAUUCAACGUGUCCUCCAGCGAAACUCAGCUAGGCCUCCAUGCUUUGUCUCUAUUAAUCGGCUCUUCAGCGGGAGCCCUGGGGAUGCUGCUGGUGUGUGUCCCACUGUUGCUAUUCUUUUGCAGGAAAAGGAAAAGAAGCCUUUCACCAAAAAAGGGAUUAGUGGACACUUCCGACGUUUUAGUUGCUAACGGGACCAACUCAUCAAAAGUGGAUGUGAUUUAUGACAAUAAAGCCACUCUGGAAGAGGAAGGAAUAGUUGCGGAAGAUACUGUUCACUACACCAAUGUGGACUUUGCUAAACUCCAGGCUAUGUCAGAGGGUACGCUUGGGGAAGGCGAGAUCAGAGGCCUGGCCUCCAAGACGGCCGAGUAUGCUGAGAUCCGUCUGCACUCCAGAGGAAGCAAUGAAGGAGACGCAAAGGAAGAAGAGACAGUCGCUGACGCCUAUUUGGGAAAAGGGAAAGACACUGAUGGUCUCAUAGGAUAGGUCAGUGAAAGAGUUAUGGCUUAACUUUAAAGGAAAUGAUAUCCGAAACAAAGAAGUCUGGACUUCAAACAGCUACAGGACUUUACCAUGUCAGGAGAGCUCGGUCUGCAGCAGUGGAGGUAGAAACUACUGCAGACAACCUUAUUUAACGUGAGUAAUGUCACACACUUGUGGCUUCAAGUUUCGCUCUCACCAUGAAAUGAAAUCCAUAUAGUAGGUAGUUACCCCACAAUCAACCAUAACAGUAAAUGUUUCCUUUAAACUUCUGACCUUUAUUCUUCUGUGUGAUUCAACACUACAGAUAAAUGCUGCCACGUUUAUCAUGUUACCGUUUGUAUCCAAUAUUCUAAUUGUAACUUGUGUCUCACAGUUCUGUUGAUUUAUUUAAAACCUUUGUGCAGAGUGAAGAUGUCAGAGUAUGUCACACUUUUUUUUUAUUAAUCAUUUUGCAUUUGUUUUCUCUUAAAAUACAUAAAUAUGUUUGAGCUUGUUUAUAAAAAGACGAAGCUAUUAAGUUGGCAGUUAUACAAGAGCUGAAUUCAAAGCCUGUUAUGAAAUGGGGCAUUAUGCACGUGGCGCAUUGUUUCCGAAUGCAUAUUUUGGAAACAAGCCUCAGUAAGGGAACUGCUGCAUAACAUUACAACAUUAAAGCCAUGUCAUCUUGUACUGUUCACAAAUGUCAUAGUAAUAUCAAUACACUUUACAAAUAUGUUCAUUUAUCCAUGCAUUGGUCACUUACAAAACAUCAGAGUAGAGUGAUACAACCCUUAUUCAUCGAUUGGCUGUACCUCUAAAGUUUGGUAAGAGUAUCUCAACUAUCUCAAAUUUUGACCUCAGAGUACUGUGUCUCAUCUUCAUCAGAGCUGCUGGAGUCUCUGACGACUCGCUGAUGUCCAGGCUUGACCUUGAAGCUCACCUGUGAAUAAUUGACCUGUACUUCAUCCUCACUGGUGUCUGUGUCAUAGUCUAUUGGAUUUGGAGCUCUGGCUGCGCUGGCGUUCUCGUAGUCCGGUCUGUCUUCAUUCUAGGAGAAUAACAGAGAUUGUCACCAGAUCAUUUGUGUCAUAACUUAUUAUAGUAUAUGGAUUUUAUGCCAGCAAAAAUUCACAUCAACACACAUUUAAUGCUUGUGAGGACUGGAAGAUGUUUUCCUUAAUUAAGUGAUUGCUUUACAGGGAAUUAAUUCAAUUAAAACAGGAAACGUCUUCUUUACAACAGUAUUGUGGACACACCGAUGUGAUAUACAGGACAUACUUCUUCUAUUCUAGAUUUUGAAAGGUAGCAUUUGUGUAAUUUAUUAUAUCAGGAAGCACAAAAUAGAUCAACCAACAUGAUUUAGACAUUAUUGCCAUGAUAACACAUAAGUAUUUGGUUUAUAGGUUUCUGACCUUUGUUGGUGGCUUUUUCUUGGACACCUUCGCAUACACAUCUUCCACGUUUGCCGGAAGAAGAACUUUGUUUCUAGAACAACAAAUACCAUCAUAAAUAUUACAUAUCACAUAUAUUUGCCAUGUAUUAAUACCUUUCUUGUUAUUGUUGUUGUGUCUUAAAUAAAAAACAGAUUCUCACUUUUGCUUAUUUCCAAAGUGUAAAGAAGCGUAGUUGAGAGAAUCGUCCUGUGUGUGUCCACCUUGCUGUCUGAUUAUUUUUUGUGCAGGACGACCCUGAGCAGAGACAGACAGAAGACAUCAGUGAAUGUACUGUAACGAAUGAAUCAGUUAAUUCAUGCCUUGAACAACAAGCUGUAGGUCCUCUGGUCAUUCAUU